AUGUAUACGGAUAGGGAUGACCCAAAAGGGCCGGUUAGCCCAUAUGGGAGUGGGUUUACGGUGAGCCAUACCCGUGCGAUCGACUACUUUAUAUGGAGUAUCGAUAAUAAGGGGAAAUUCAGUACCAAUUGGGUGUUGGAUGAAGAGCCAGGUGUUGAGCUACCGGUGCAUCGACUUAAACGAGUGGAUAUUGAGGCUGAGAUGGGCUAUUACGCUGAUGAGCACCGGUUUGGAGAUAAUAUCUAUGGGUGUCUCGGGUUGGGCCCCAAUGUGGUGGACGGCCUGUUUGUCAACGCGUUCAUACAAUCGCCACAAACUGUACCGGAAUUAUGUCAUCAAAAGAUCCGCACAUUUAUUAAUGGAUACCACUUUGUGUUGGCUAUGAAUAAUGAGAACCAUAUCUACGGCUGGGGUGACAAUAGAUGGGGACAGUUGGGUAGAGAUGUGACAAAAUUCAAUACCCGAGUUGCAGUUUAUUCAAAACCCGAGAGAAUAUCGUAUUUCGACGACAAAGAUGUUCAACAAAUCAGUUGUGGUUCCCAUCACUCACUGGCCCUCACAUCCAGUGGACAGGUGUAUGGGUGGGGACGUCAUCGAGGGGGAGAAGUAGGUUGUGGUGACAAUCGUGUGGAUAUAAUCUUUAAACCAAUUCUCAUAGAAUUCCGGAAUAACGCAAAAAUGCAAACAAUUUAUUGCUGUAAACACCAAUCAUUUGCCAUCACUUGCGAUGGAUUGGUGUUCAGUUGGGGUCAUAAAAGUGGGGAUCAAUUGCAUUGCGUAUUCACACCACAAGUCAUAUCAACUCUCAUUGGUAUCAAAGCUAUUGCCUCAUCAUAUCGUAUGACAUAUUUGCUGACAAACACUGGUUUCCUAUACGAAUGGGGCAAUCAAAUCGGCGACACCCCUAUAAAACUGGAGUCGAUUAAUGGUCUGGAUGAGUUACCCAAACAUGACUCGAACCGCGUGUUUAUUAAUCCACCGGUAGUGUUAAAAAGGGGUAAAAUAUUCAAGAUAUCGGACACAAAUGAAUUGAUUGAAACAAAGUAUAAUAAUUUCAUCGAUUUCUACGCCAAUGAAUACCAAAUGACAUACAAAACGCUAACCAUUGGAGGUGUGGUAACAUCGAGUGAAUGCAAAGCUAUUGAUAACACAAUUGACACUCAAUUGUCGCCACAAUUGUCGGCACUUUCGCUGAGAUGUGGGGAAACGUUUGACGAGUUGUCAGCCAUAGGGUCGGGCGGUUUUGGGACAGUAUAUCAAAUGAGACACAAAAAUGAUGAGUUUGAUGAAACGGAAACUGAAAAUGCGUUAAAAGAAGUGCAGAAUUUGGUGAAAGUUAGCUCACAAUAUGUGGUCCAAUACUACCACUCAUGGCUUGAAUACGGGUUUCUGUUCAUACAAAUGGAGUUAUGUUCACAGAGUUUAACACAACUUCUUGAAGUCAAAGCACAUGUAUUUGAGAGACAAUCGGGAGAUCCCAUGGAUUUAUACGAGUAUUUCAUUACUUGUGAAAUAUUCCGACAGAUCUUAGAAGCCGUUCACCAUUUGCAUGGAUUGGAUCCACCCAUCAUUCACAGAGACCUCAAACCCGACAACAUAUUGAUUGACACGAAUGCAGGGAACGGCAGAUUCAUUAAGUUAUGUGACUUCGGUUUGGCUACAGUUCACGACAAACGGGUUCACUACAGGACUAUACAAAAACAUACGGCAGAUGUCGGGGACUUGAGGUAUCAGGCGCCGGAAGUUGCUCGGGGUGAGAAGUAUGGCAUUAAACCGGAUAUAUAUAGUUUGGGCCUAAUUGGUGGCGAAGUAUUUGACGUUAAUGUGGCAUUAAUUGAUGCUGAU